GCUUCCGGGGGUGGGGCCUGGCCUCGCUCGGCUUCUACUGCGCCUGCGCCGCGGACGAACCGCGCCUCCGCCCUCCAACACAUCUCCUCGGGGGCUGGGUUUAGGUUCCCCGGAACCCCGUGCUCCCUAGUUCUGCUUCCGGGUCGGAGCCAUGGCGGUGGCAAACUCAAGCCCUGUCAACCCCGUGGUGUUCUUUGAUGUCAGCAUUGGCGGCCAGGAAGUUGGCCGCAUGAAGAUCGAGCUAUUUGCAGACGUUGUGCCUAAAACGGCCGAGAACUUUAGGCAGUUCUGCACUGGAGAAUUCAGAAAAGAUGGGGUUCCAAUAGGAUACAAAGGGAGCACCUUCCACAGGGUUAUAAAGGAUUUCAUGAUUCAGGGUGGCGAUUUUGUUAAUGGAGAUGGUACUGGAGUUGCCAGUAUUUACCGGGGGCCAUUUGCAGAUGAAAAUUUUAAACUUAGGCAUUCUGCCCCAGGUCUUCUUUCCAUGGCAAACAGUGGUCCCAGUACAAAUGGCUGUCAGUUCUUUAUCACCUGCUCUAAGUGCGACUGGCUGGAUGGGAAGCACGUAGUGUUUGGAAAAAUCAUUGAUGGACUUCUAGUGAUGAGAAAGAUUGAGAAUGUUCCCACAGGUCCCAACAAUAAGCCCAAGCUGCCUGUGGUGAUCUCACAGUGUGGGGAGAUGUAGUCCCGACCAAGACUGAACCAGGCCUUCCAUUGCUCUGGGAGAUGUUCUUGAGUAAGAUAAUCUGGACUGGCCCCUGUGUUUUUUCCUUGCCUGCUGCUGCCCAUUUAAUCAAGAGACCCUGGAAGUAGCACAGAUUCAGAACCCAAGAUUGUUUGUGUUUAAGUUUUCAACUGUAAAUAAAGUUUUUUAUGUGUGGG